CGCGCAGUAAACGUCAUCCAGCAUUCCUUCUCAUCACGUCUUUUUCGAGUGGUUGAAAACGCUAUCCAUGCGGUCAGUUUUGUGUCGGGAAGGAAUUUGAUUACACGAUCGGUGGGAAGGAUAUACGCUCGGAGAUCAAAACGUCACGCAAUGAAACCCUUGAUGUUGCACGGGCACGAGCGUGCCAUCACCAAGAUAAAGUACAACAGAGAGGGGGACCUGCUGUUUUCCGCCAGUAAGGACAAGCAACCCAACGUUUGGUACUCGCUGAACGGAGAGCGCCUUGGCACCUUUAAUGGACACAAUGGCUCCGUAUGGUGCAUCGACGUCAACUGGGAUACCACACGAUUGUUAUCUGGCAGCGGUGACAACACUCUGAGAGUCUGGGACUGUCAAACUGGCAGGGAAAUAGGGCAGCUGCACACAAACAGUUCCGUGAGAACGUGCGGCUUUAGUUAUUCGUCGAACCUCGCGGUGUUCUCCACCGAUAAGGCAUUGGGUCACCAGUGCGAGAUGUUUAUCAUGGACGUGCGAAAUGUCGACGCCACGUUGUCCCAGGAGGACGCGAUCGCUAGAAUCUCGGUCAACGGCCCUAGAAUCUCUGCCAUAUUGUGGGGCGCCCUCGACGAGACCAUUAUCACUGGUCACGAAGACGGCGAGAUUAAUCUCUGGGAUGUGAGGACAGGAAAGAAGCAGUCCAGCGUUAAAGGCCACAAGUCGCAGAUAAACGAUAUGCAGUUCAACAAGGACGGCACCAUGUUUGUAACUGCAUCCAAGGAUCAUACGGCGAAACUUUUCGACAGCGAGUCUCUGCUGCUAUUGAAGACUUACAAGACGGAGAGACCCGUGAACUCUGCUACUAUUUCGCCGAUUUAUGAUCAUGUGGUUCUUGGCGGCGGUCAAGAUGCUAUGGACGUCACUACGACGUCCGCGCGACAAGGCAAAUUCGACUCGCGAUUCUUUCAUCUAGUGUUUGAAGAGGAAUUUGCACGUUUGAAGGGACACUUCGGCCCCAUCAAUUCUCUCGCCUUCCACCCCAACGGUCGUAGUUAUUCUACAGGCGGAGAAGAUGGAUACAUGCGUAUUAAUAAUUUUGACCAGUCUUACUUUGAAUUUCAUUUCGAAUAUUAAAUUUAUCGAUCAAGAGACAUGUGUGUAUGGUAAUAUAUGCAUCAUUUUGCCGAAAUAUAUUGUGUGUAAUUAUUUUCUCAAAUUAAACAAAUUGAACCAGUUACUUUCAUACAAGAAA